AUGGUGGCAGGGUGUGUGACUGGGAAACCAUUUUCUCUCUUGUCUCCCAAGAAGCACCGAGCUCGGCCAGAGCGCCAGGUGGCCGGCUCGACCAACCGGUGGCGCCUCCCCAGCGAGCCCUUCUCCCGGGACCUGCUGGCGCUGUCCCAGAUGUGCAAGGCCAUGUGCUUGGACGUGGACGACACGCUGCAGGCCCCGGACAGGGGCGCUGCGGGGGCGGCCCAAGGGCAGGUGUGGCAUCCUGCUAACGCCUGGGCUUUUGUGUGUUUUCCCUCGAGGCUGUACACCCCAAAGAUUCAGACAAAAUGCCAUGGGACUCUGAAGAAGGCUGUGCCGAGCGGGGAUGGAGUCGUGACUCUCGAGUGCCUGGGCUUCCAGUGGGAGCUGCACCUGCCCCAGCUCUUCCAGUCUGAGACGCUCUGCUGCCGUCUGGGGCUGAGUGGGACCCUCCAGGCGGCCGGGGCCCGGGACCAGCAGUUCUGUCUCUGCAGGUGCGUGGCCAUCAUGGUCCAGGGGCUCUCGCCAAGCAACGUCGCCAACUUCUACCAGGCAGGCUGCAAGUACAAGGAGGAGCCGCUCAGCGCCUCCUGUGAGCAGUGGAUGGAGAUAAACUUGGUCCCCGAGGUGGGGAGGCAGAUCCACCUGCAGAAGAUCCCCAAGGAGCUGCUGUUCAAGGUGCUGCGGUCCCCCAGAUUGUUCGUUUUCAGCGAGUUCCACCUUCUGAAGACGCUGCUCUUGUGGGUGUACCUGCAAGUGAACCCGCAGCUGCUGGUGCUGCCCACCCACGAGGACAUGAUGACCUUCUUCAGCAGCUUCCCCAAGAAGACCUGCUUCCUGGACCAGGACAUGGAGCACGGCUUCACGGAGCUCUUCCGCUGCCUGCGUCUGCACGGCAUCAUCAGAGGCCGGGACCUGGACGUGCUGAGGCACCUUAACUUCUUCCCGGAGUCCUGGCUGAUCCGGGUCACUGCCAACCAUUACCACGCGAUGGAGUGUGGGGGCGACAUGGCUUUCGCGAAAGACCUCACCCACCAGGCGGUGAGGUUCGGGCUGCUCUUCUAUAAGGAGUACACGACGUAUUCGGAAAUGAUUGCCAUCUACGGGUUCUACUUUUCCAUGAAGGGCAUCCGAAACAGCAGCACCUCCUACAGCUUCUACAUGCAGAGAAUCAGGCCGGCGGACGUGGGGUUCCCCUCCGAGGUCUGCGAGCACGGCCUGGUCAGCCUGCAGCCCCAGCGCCUGGUCAGGUACGAGAUCAGGGCGCAUGCAUGGGUGGACGGCCAGUGGCAGGAUUUCAGGACCAAGCCCGUCAUGCAGAAGUUCCAGUUCGUCAGGCCGACAUGCAAGAGCCAAGUCUUGCAAAUCCAGACUGUGGGCAGUCCCAUCUACGUCAGCUUCUCAUUCAUCUUCCCAGCGUCUUGACAGCUUCCAGAAGAAUCUACGGAGUGUUUUCUCUCCCACCGCUCUGCAUAAAGGAGAAUAAAGUGAUGUUGAAGGGA